CCAUGACUUUUUGCAUUUGUUAACAUGACCCAAUAGAACAACUGAUAGAACCUUUGAUAGUUUAAAAUAGUGGUAUAUGAGUAAAAUAUAUUUGGUAUCUGCCAACUAACUUUAUGGAUAAGAAAUUGACUUAUAAUAGUCAUAUUUAGAGGAGUCUCCUUUGAAUUUUCUGCCUCUAAUUCUAGUACUAGUAUUUUUCUUUUUAAAAAGUCAGGUGAUCAACCAAUGGCAUGCAAGUCAAGUCAUUGUUUGACUCUCCUUCCACACUGAUCAUUUAGAGUAGUUUCUAUUGCAGUCAGGACUCGCCGUCGCUGUACAGAAUUUCCUCUCAAACUCAUCGUCGCCAUCACUCAUCAUCCACCUGAUUCUAACCAGUGGAAGAUUAAAUUGCAUAACAAAAGAAAGGUGUAUCACCUGUUACUAUUUCUCUCAAUUCACAAUACUAUCUUUUCAUCUCAAAAUGUAUAUCAUCAAUUCCUCAACAACAACACAAUUGAUUCUUCUUCUUCUUCUUCUUGCAUCCUUGUUAACUUCACUCACCUUUUCAUUAUCAGUAUCUCCAAUAUACAACUCCCAUGCUUGCACCGACACCUCAUAUUACCAACCAAAUUCAAAUUUCCAAACAACUUUAAAAACCCUUCUCUCUUCACUCGUCAACACCACCAUACACAACACUUUCUACACCUCCCACAUACCCCUAUUCAAUUCCCCCAAUGACUUAAAAGGAAUCUUCCUCUGCCGGGCCGACGUUACUCCCUCCAUAUGCCACAACUGCGUAACCGCCGCAGCAAAUAACAUCACAACUCUCUGCAAAAACCAAACAGAGUCUAUUAUCUGGUACGACCAAUGUUUUUUACGUUACUCCAACGAUUCCUUCUUGAACCAUAUGGUUCCAGCAAUAACCUUGGAAUCAGAUGAAAAUGUUCCUGAUUCAGAAUCUACACUGUUCAGUGAUUUUCUAGCAAACUUUUUGAAGGGUUUAGCAUAUGAAACUGUGAAUUCUCCUUCAGGACAGAAAUUUGCUGCCAAAGAAGAAAUAUUCUUGGGUUCUGUUAAGGUUUAUUCUUUGGCACAGUGUACACCUGAUUUGUCUACGUUUGAUUGUAAUACAUGCUUGCAAAGUGCCAUUAGUUCUAUUGGAAAUUGUUGUAAUGGGAAACGCGGUGCAAGAUCACUUCUUCCGAGUUGUAAUAUACGAUAUGAAUUUUACCCGUUUUAUAACGUUUCUGCUGUUUCUACUCAGCCAAAACUUACCUCUCCGUCUUCAGGAAAGAGCACUGUGCCUUUAAUCAUUGCGAUUUUUGUUCCAACUGUUGUUGUUAUGGCACUUCUCAUUGUCGGCUUCUACUUCCUGCGUAAGAGGGCAAUCAAGAAGUAUGAGUAUAGUAAUACAUUCGUCCAGGAUCCAUCUUCAAUUCGGAGAGAGGAUCUUACAGAUAUAGAUUGUUUGCAAUUUGACUUUUCCACUAUUGAAGCUGCCACAAAUUGUUUCUCUGAUGAGAACAAGAUUGGCCAAGGUGGAUUUGGUGUGGUUUAUAAGGGUGUCCUUCCUAACGGACUAGAGAUAGCUGUGAAGAGGUUGUCGAUAACCUCCUUGCAGGGAGCAAUAGAGUUCAGGAAUGAAGCUUCCCUUGUAGCCAAGCUUCAACAUAGAAAUUUAGUGAGAAUGUUUGGAUUUUGUUUGGAGGGGAGGGAAAAGAUGCUUGUUUAUGAAUACAUACCAAACAAAAGCCUCGAUCACUUUCUAUUUGAUUCUGCAAAGCAAAGGGAGUUAGAUUGGUCUAGUCGCCAUAAGAUUAUAGUUGGCAUCGCUCGAGGGAUUCUUUAUCUACACGAAGACUCCCAACUUAGAAUUAUUCAUCGUGAUCUCAAAGCCAGCAAUGUUCUAUUAGAUGAAAAUAUGAACCCAAAGAUUUCAGAUUUUGGGAUGGCAAAAAUUUUCCAGCCAGAUCAGACUCAAGUAAAUACAGGAAGGAUAGUAGGGACUUACGGCUACAUGUCUCCAGAAUAUGCAAUGCGCGGACAGUUCUCUGUGAAGUCAGAUGUGUUUAGCUUCGGUGUCUUAGUUUUGGAAAUCGUUAGUGGCAAGAAGAAUACCGAUUUAAAUCAAAGGAAUCAUACUGAUGAUCUCUUAAGCUAUGCUUGGAAAAAAUGGUCAGAGCAAACACCUCUGGAGUUACUGGAUCCAACACUUAGAGACUCUUAUUCAAGAAAUGAAGUUAUGAGAUGCAUCCAUAUUGGUUUAUUGUGUGUUCAGGAAAGUCCAUAUGACAGGCCAUCCAUGGAAACUAUUGCACUUAUGCUCAACAGUUAUUCAGUUACCUUGUCAUUACCUCGACAACCACCGUCUUUAAUGCGUGGAAGAACACCUGACAGAAUAAAGCAAGGGCUUGAUUCUGAUCAGUCUACCACAUGUUCAAUUCCAUGGUCUGUGAAUGAAGUAUCCAUUACUGAAGUAUACCCUCGAUAAAAGAUAGUUUUUAUGUUUUUCUCUGAUCAAUUCAGUGUUUGUUCAAAUCAUCUCAAACUAUGGUGUAAUAGCUACUUUCACUUAGUUUGUAACAUAUUGUAAACAUUAAUGGCUAAAAUAAUUUUGUCUUAAUAGUAAAAAACAUAGCAGAUACAGCCGUGAGUAUCUGAAAUUAAUUAAUCA